GCUAUCGUUUUUAUUAUCGGCGCUGUGCAACUCUGGCUCGUGUAUCGAAAGUCCGUAUUAUCAAAGUAACCCUGUUUGUCUCAGCUGCGAUUUUAGCUGAAAAAUUCUUUGGAAUAAAACGAUGGCCUCCAUUAACAAAUUGGCAAUUUUGAGCCGUGCACUCAGCUCUGCCGCUGGUGCCACCAAGGCGGUGAAGCCUCCAGUUCAGUUGUUCGGUCUGGAGGGCCGCUAUGCCACAGCCUUGUACUCGGCUGCGACCAAGUUGAGCCAGUUAGAUCAGGUGGAGAAGGAUCUGAUUGCGCUGCAGGCGACCAUCAAGACCGAUAAGAAACUGCGCGAGAGCGUGACCAGCCCGAUCAUCAACAGGAAGGUCAUGGGCGUUGCCCUGAAGGAGGCAUCCGCCAAGCUUAGCUUUGCCCCGGCCACUGCCAACUUGCUGGGUCUGCUGGCCGACAAUGGUCGCUUGAAGAAGCUCGAUAACGUCAUCACCGCCUUCAGGACCAUCAUGGCCGCCCACCGUGGUGAGGUUGUCUGCGAAGUGAUCACUGCCAAGCCUCUGGACUCGUCCCAGAAUAAGCAGUUGGAGGGUGCACUCAAGGCUUUCUUGAAGGGCAACCAGUCGCUGAAGAUCACCUCCCGUGUGGAUCCCAGCAUUAUUGGUGGCUUGAUUGUUUCCAUCGGCGACAAGUACGUCGACAUGAGCAUUGCCACCAAGGUGAAGCUCUACACAGAUGUCAUUCAGACCGCUGCCUAGGCCUGUAAGGAUUAGCUCUUGAUUAAAUGCCACAAACCGAAUGUUUGGAAUGGAAUGCUUCAUUCGGUAUUUGCGAAUAAACCACUCUUCACCACCCAAAAUCCA